UUACUGCUGCAGUAAUGAACAGGACAGAAUUACUCUGAGCAGCCAGUCAUCUUCUGACAGCAGAGUUACCAGCAGUUUUCAUCUGACUAAACACUGUUUACAGUCUUGUCCGUUUUAAACAUAGGUCAAAAUGAAGAGUCUGGUUGUGUAUUGUGGACUCAUCCUGGCAUUUCUUUUGAGCUGCACAGAACAGGCUGGGGUGAAAAGACAGGACAAAGCAGGUUCUCCUCAAGGAACAGACUGCACACAGAUUAAGACUCUGUCACCACGAGCAUCCAGUGGCGUUUAUACGAUCCAGCCGAAUGGAGCCAUGAACAAGUUUAAGGUUUACUGUGAGAUGCGUCCAGAUGGAGGCUGGACGGUGUUUCAAAAACGAAGCGGAGGAGCCGUUUCUUUCCGCAGAAAAUGGGCAGCAUAUAAAACUGGCUUUGGAAACCUGACACAGGACCACUGGCUCGGGCUGAAGAAGAUUUUUUAUCUUACCAAAGAUAAGUCCAAGAAGUGGGCGAUGAGGGUGGAUCUGUGGGAUCAUGAAGAUGGGACUGCUUUCGCUGAGUACAAAAACUUUAGACUGGGAAAUGAGAAAACCGCGUUCAAACUACAUGUUGGGAAGUACCGUGGAAAUGCAGGUGAUGCCAUCCGUGGUGCCUACAAAGGCAUUGAUCAGAAUGGCUAUGGCUUUAGCACAGUUGACCGCGAUAAUGAUGGCUGCUCCCCCUGCAUCUUUGGUGACAUUGCUGAUAGGGCAUGUACCUUUAGAGAGGGCGGCGGGUGGUGGUACAGCAAGUGUGGGUCCGCCAAUUUAAACGGUGACUGGCAUUCCUACGGUGAACACAUAGGUUGGGCUUCGGGCCUCCACUGGCGCACCUGGAAACCACCUGCACCAUACUCAGCCAAGGCCACAAAAAUGAUGAUCAAGUCGGUGUGAAAGGAACCUCCUCAAAUUAUCAAGUGCUGAUUUUUAUUCUGUAAAAAACUUUCAACAAAGCUUUUAAUAAAAGUAACUGUGAAGGAGAUAUAUAAAAUACAAUGCUAAAAGCAUGAAAAUCAGUGUAUUGUUAAUGCUUAGUCAUUUCUGUACUAAACUGAAAAACAUGCCUUCCAGAUAAUCAAGUUCUACCCGAGGUCUCUUCCUGUUAAAGCACUGCUUCCCCUCUCUUUUUAUGUAUUAAAAAUAAUUUUACAACAACUAAAAACUGCCAGAGUCAACAUUAUUAGCCCCUCUGUUGCCAAUAAUUGUGUUGAAAAUCCUUUUUGCUGGAUAACAGCCAGCAGUCGUUUGUUAUAGUUUUCAACAAGUCUCACAUGCACCACCUGAGCAGUCCUAGACUAUUCUUCUUUGGCAAAUCUCUUAAACUUCUCCAGAUUUGACCAUCUUCUGCCAUGGUUCUUGGUCUUCACUUCACCCCUGAGAAUGGGAUUCAAGUCAGGGCUAUGUGCAGACCAGAAUGCCAAAGUAUGUUUUUGGACAUUGUCGUGUUGAAAGACAACACGAGAACCCAAGUUUUGCUGCUGACUACUUUCAAAAUCUUCCCAUAUCUUUUUUCAUUAUUCAUAUCUUUUUUAUCAUAUGUUUUUUUCAUUAUUACUCUGGGGACGGUAUUCUUUGGGUUGUGGAUGGAUUCAUUCUUCAAACAUGAGCAGCAUCUCUUUACUCAAAGAGACCUAGUUUAGUCUUAUCUGACCACAGGUCAUGCUUUUGGUAUAAAUAAUCUUUCUCCAAAUUGUCCUUAGCAUAAUUCAGUCAGUAUGAUGUUGAGGCUCUGUUUCUGAUAUCUGUCUGUUACCAUAAAAAGUGUCCUGUUAUUGGUCACUUUGGUAUAUAAAUAACAUUUUAUUGAAUUGUAAGUAGUUUGAAUAACCAAUAGCAAAUAGCAAAAAAGAAUUCUUUUCCCAACAUAAUAAAACUGUAACUAAAAACAUAAGCCAGUUUUAAACAAUACUUUAAUCUACAACAGUCUUAUGUUUAAAUUACAUCAUAUUUAGUCAUAAA